UUAAAUUAAUCUUGAAAUCUAAUGUUACAACUGGCCCUUGAUACCUAUAAUUUAACUAAAACGUGAAGUAAUUCCAAGAAAUAUUUUCAUUUCAUCUCGUCUGUGUAACUGCACUACAGCAACCUAAGGAGGAGUUCAAAUUCAAUGCUGUUUAUUUGUUGAGUUGAUAUCGUAAUUGGGCAGUGACUGUUGUUCAGUAAUUUUAGCGAAAUGGAUCAAGAGUUGUCUUCCAUAUUUCAGCUGGAAACAAGGAGAUUGUUAUGGCUUAUCGGCAUUACGGUUGCUAUGGUUUUAGCAUUCCAAUAUUUGGAACUUCCUUAUGGUGGCAUUCAACGCAUUGUAUUCUCUGCCAACAAGAUACCAACAUCUGAUAGCAUUAGAUUUCAAGCUGCAGAUCUACCAUCUGAGUCUGAAAGGUUUAACAAUAUGACAUUUUUGAAUCAAGCUAAUUCUACUGGUGAAAGUGCCACUGUUAAUGAAACUAGGACUUCUGAGGAAAAAGACAAUGUUUCAGGAACUGGUUUAAUCUCAGAACUAGGAAGGGAAUCAAGCAGAUCUUUAGGAUUUAAUGAAACUGAGGAAAGUUCCACUGUGCAAAGUACUAGGAUAUCAAAUGAAUCAACGCAUGCAGGAAAUCUAGGACUGAGCAGUUACAACGAUACCAUUUCUCAUUCCCCUUCUCGUGCAAUAAUACCAACUAAUUUAGCUCCACCUCUAAGUCCAACAAAAGUGAGUCCAAAUAUUACUCCUCCAAUGUCAUCAAAUGAUCAUGAGGAAACUGAUUUUGCAGAGGAUGAGAAGUUAAGACCAGUACAAGAUGAUGUCAAUAUACUACGACAUAAUUCGCCUAUCAACAGUGUAGCACCUAAGAAGACUAAAGGUUCUCAAAAACCACUUCCAGAAGUAACAACAAUCUCUGAAAUGAAUGAGUUACUGCUUCAGAACCGUGCCUCAUUUCAUUCUGAGAGGCCAAGGUGGUCUUCGAUUGUUGAUCAAGAGCUACUGCAGGCCAGAUCAGAGAUCGAAAAUGCACAAAUUGUAAAUGAUGAUGUAAAUCUUUAUGCUCCCCUAUUUCGAAACGUUUCCAGGUUCAAGAGGAGCUAUGAAUUAAUGGAAAGAACUCUUAAAGUGUAUGUGUAUAGAGAAGGAGAUAAGGCCAUAAUGCAUUCACCGAUACUUUCCGGACUUUAUGCUUCCGAGGGGUGGUUCAUGAAGCACAUGGAAGCUAGUAAACAAUUUGUCACUACAGACCCAAAGAAUGCCCACCUAUUUUACUUGCCUUUCAGUUCUCAGAGGCUAGUGGAUGCUUUGUGGGUACCGAAAUCAAGUUAUGGGAACCUGAUUCAGUAUCUCAGUAAUUAUGUAGACAUGAUUGCCGGGAAACAUCAUUUCUGGAACAGAACAGGAGGUGCCGAUCAUUUUCUUGUUGCUUGCCAUGACUGGGCACCUGCAGAAACAAAGCAACACAUGGCUAAGUGCUUAAGAGCCCUAUGCAAUGCUGAUGUCAAACAAGGCUUUGUCUUCGGGAAGGACAUGUCUCUUCCUGAAACUGUUGUCCGUAGUCCUCGGAAUCCGACAAGGAGCAUUGGCGGAAAUCAAGUUUCAAAGAGGAAAACUCUGGCGUUUUUUGCAGGGCAAAUGCAUGGUUAUGUUAGGCCAAUUUUGUUGCAGCACUGGGAAAAUAAAGACCCUGACAUGAAAAUCUUUGGGAGACUGCCAAAGUCUAAGGGCAACAGGAACUACAUCCAGUACAUGAAGAGCAGCAAGUACUGUAUUUGCGCAAAGGGCUAUGAAGUCAAUAGUCCAAGAGUUGUGGAGGCCAUCUUAUAUGAAUGUGUCCCAGUUAUUUUAUCGGAUAACUUUGUGCCUCCAUUUUUUGAGAUGUUGAAUUGGGAAUCCUUUGCUGUUUUUGUCUUGGAGAAGGAUAUUCCAAAUCUGAAGAAUAUACUCCUUUCCAUCCCUCGAAAGAGGUAUCUUCAAAUGCAGAUGAUGGUGAGAAAGGUGCAGCAGCAUUUCCUUUGGCACAACAAGAGCCCUGUCAAGUAUGAUAUAUUCCACAUGAUACUUCAUUCUAUUUGGUACAACAGAGUCUUCACAGCAACAGCUGCAUAGUUCAUUUUGGAGAUGUGGCAAAAGUAGAUUGAAAGAAGCUUUCCUUUUGGAAAAAAACAAAAUAAAACAUUCUUUGGGGGACAUUGAGAAUUAGGAAGGGGUUGGUAAUUUAUCAGGUCAUUUUUUAUGUGUAGUUUUUGUUUUUUGGAGUUUUUGUUGUAAUUAAAUUAAAUUUGUAUAUAUUUAUUCUCAAGUUGUCUUCAAGCAUUCACUGUCGUCCUGCAAACCUUGUUUGAUGUUUGAAUAAUCUUGAAUAAUUUGCACAUCA